AUGUCAAUAUGCAGGGUGACAGGUGCAGAAGUAACACCGCGGAGCCUUGGAAUGCGGCAAGAUAAGAAACAAGGGAAGCAGAAGGCCCAACAUGUACGGAGUACGGAUCUCCAUGAGAAGACCAGUGCCUAUUUGCGAUGGAUGAACAAAUCGGUCCCGAUGGCCGGAGUUGUCCGCUGUUUUGAUUAUGUAUUCAAGUGUGGUUCUGUGCAUAUUCUAAGCUUCAUCCCAGGGUAUGACCCCUUCUGCAUGCAGAUGUGGUAA